AUGCGGUUUCAGAACUCAUCAACUGGCUCACAGAAGCAGGAAUAUCCACUCACUAUCUUUCUAGAACCCACAGCUUCAACUAUUGUGUUUGGUUGUGCGGGAAUUCCUCGAAGCAUACCUAGAAUCGAAUCGAUUAUUCACAUUAGGACAGCCAAUGGCUCUCCGUUUCUAAUAAGAUCAGUUUCAAUAGUGCUAAUAACUCGACAGAAAGUGACUGUACCUGCAAAACUCGGAAGUACUGAAGCUUUCAAAGAGUUUAAAAUCUUUGAAGAUCCAAUGGCAUUCAGACCAGUAAAUGGAUUCUCACAAAAUGUACUAGGGGUGGAUUUGCCCGUCAUGAUACCAGUUCCCAAAGAUGUGAUACCCAGUGGCUACCUGUCUACUUUAGGGGUGUCGACUAUACACUAUCUCGCUGUCAAGGUGGUGACAGGGGAGAGCAGUGGUGUUGAGUCAUCCUAUAUCGACACUUUCCCAGUUGUUAUCAAAACAUACGACACAUUACCGUUAUAUCGGCAAUACAAUGAGCCUCUUGUGGAGCAGAGCAAAUCUGCAGACAAUCAAGUCUUGGCUCAGGUUACUAUGCCCACUACUUCUGUCGGUCCUGGUGAUCGCCUUGAAUUGCAUUGUAAAUUGCUGGCAAACUCAGCAAACAACAAGGUCAAGAAACAUCUAGCUGUCAAACAAAUCACCUUUCAAUUGAAGGAAAAUUUAGAGUGCUAUGAUGGAGGUUUACCUCCAAAGAAGGAAAAUAAACUUUAUACCACAACAUUGCAGAUGAACAAAGAACUCAACACUCAGGGAGUGGUUGAAAAACUUGGUAUCAAGUUCCCACAGCACAACGACAACUUGGAAGUCUACUAUGACCCAGAGGUAUACAUUAUUGAAAAUGAAGUUGCACAAGACAACGAAACUACAGUCAUUGAAUCGACAAACAUUGCAACUCACAAAAUAGUUGACCGAAUCCCCGAGGGUCUACCCAUAACCCACCUCCAAAGUUUCACCGCAUCUGGAAAAUUUUACUCAAUUAAGUUUGAACUAAUCUUGAAGAUCAAACUAUCAAAAGCAAAAGACUUUGAUGUUCAUUUACCUCUAACUGUUUGUCCAUUUGAUAGAAAAUCGAGUCAAAACAUACUUCAAUGGAUCAUGCAUGAAUGCGAAGUUGCCAAAGCGAGGUUUGGUCGUGAAUUUAUUGAUCGGUUCUUUUCUGCAACUAGUUACGAUGCAAUUUGCAACUUGAUGAAUCGAUACAAGUCGGCUCCAACGGUGUACAAGAAUUGCAAAGAAGAUUGGAUAAAAUUGGGGUUUCUUGGAGAAAAAUUUGGCACUGGUGACACCAAAAACUCCAUAUCCUAUAUAGAAUAG